GGUGGCCACAGUCCUUUGUGACAUGGCAGCUGGGGAUAUAUAAGGGACAGUGCGGGCCCGGGGCUGGUCAGUGCCAGCAGAGCGGCUGUGUCCCAGGAGUCAUCCGUGCCAGUGACAUCAGACAGAGAGGAGGACAAGAGAAAGGGACUUUGUCACUAUGGACCAAGAGUGGGACUACUCUGUGGACGAAGAGCUUUGCCUGUUGGAAGAUGUUUGUCGCCAAGAGCAUAGCCUGUGGGAAGAAGUAUCAGUGCAAGAGUAUAGCCAGUGGGAAGAAGAAGUGACAGUCCAGGAAGAAGUGUCCCCCUGUGGAGCUGUGACACAGCAGAGGAUGCACUCCUGGCAGGUAGGUGUGACAGUGCAGUGUGCAGAUGUGACACAGGAGGAGCCGUUCCAGUGUGGAGAACGCGUGACAAUGCAGGUAGGGCAGGAGACGUACCAAUGGCACAAUGAUGAGGACGGCAGAUGCCAAGAGUUGUCUCUGUGGGAAGAAGAGGUGACAAGUCAAGAGCUGUCCCCAUUGGAAAAAAGUGUGACAGUGCAGGUAAAGCAGCUGUACCAGCGGGAUGAUGACGAGGAUGACAGAUGUGAAGAGCUGUCCCCAUUGGAAAAAAGCGUGACACUGCAGGUACAGCAGGGGUUGUACCAAUGGGAUGACAAUGAGGACAAUCCAUACCAAGACUUGCUCCUGUUGGAACAAGAGUUGACAGGCCUGGGGCUGUCCCUGUGGGAAGGGCAGAGAUACCAGGCUCUGUCUCCUUCGGACGAAGAUGUGCGAAGCCUUAUGCACAUCUGCCAAUGGGAAGAGAAUGAGAGAGACUUUGGGAGCAGCCUGGAGCCAUCCCAAGAAGCAGGCAGCAGUACUGAAGAGUUGCUCCAAUUGGAAGCAGGCAUGAGUGAGGGAAUGCUGUGGCGAGAGGCAGAACGUGUCAGCUGCCGCUUCAGCCAGCGGCCAGGAGUGCAGAGGCAGCUGGGGCCCAGCACGGCUGCACAACGCAAAGCAGCAGCUGCAGGACGCAGGGAAGAGAGCUCGAUCUCUGCCCCACGCAGCACCAGCUGUCCCCCCAAAUUCUCUGCCAGCCUGCAGGGAGGCCAAGCCCAGCAAGGGCAGCCGGCUCCCCAGGAGGAGAGCCCCUCGUUCUUCAGGCAGCUGCUGCAGGCGUGCUGCUGCUGCUGCCUGGCCCAGCCCAAGGAUUAG